GCAGCAGAAGCACAUCCUCUUCUGGCUCUUCUCGAGUAAGACCCCAUGGCUUCUCUGCCAUCCCCGACCUCAACUACCUUGCAUCAUCAGAACUCUAAACUUCCACUCUUUUCGCCUGCAAGGCCCAUCUCGCAAAAUCACCUCUCAUUGCCGAACCCUUCUACGAGAAACCAAGUGAGGUGCAGUGCAUUACCCUUGAACAUUGACACACUUCAUCUAGACGAAUUAGUUUCUCUUUUCCCAUUUUUGCGAUCUGGGAUUUCUCAAUUUCAAAGUACCGCUGACGAAUUACCAGAGUUUCAGAGGUGGGGGAUUCUGAUUUUCUCUGGUUUGAGUUGGAUUUACUUGACUUCGAGGCCUGGCGUUCUUAUGGGUGCCAUUGAUGCAUAUCUUUUAGCUCCUCUUCAGCUUGGUUUCGACAGCUUAUUGGGUAGGAGAAACUUGAAACGGACUGACUUUGUGAUCGAGGGUAGGUUAGGGGAAGGGAAUUUUGGUGUUGUUUAUUCUGGUGCGAUUGUUCCAAGGAACGUGAGUGUCGAGGAUCGAAUGCAGAAGAAGGGUAAGGGUAAGGGACUGGGCAUGGAUGGAAGGUUUAAAGAGAAGGUCAUUCUGAAGAAGAUAAAGGUUGGAAUUGAAGGGGCUAAAGAAUGUGGUGAUUUUGAGGAGUGGUUCAACUAUAGGUUGGCAAGAGCGGCCCCUGAAACAUGUGCUGAAUUCCUUGGAAGCUUUGUUGCAGACAAAACAAGCUCACAAUUCACCAAGGGUGGAAAAUGGCUGGUGUGGAAAUAUGAGGGAGACAGAGACCUCGCUGACUACAUGAAAGAUCGCAACUUCCCUGUAAAUUUAGAGUCCAUUAUGUUCGGAAGUGUCUUACAAAGUUUAGACGCUUUUGAACGGGAUGCUUUGAUCAUCAAACAAAUUAUGCGCCAAAUCAUAACCUCUCUCAAGAAGAUCCAUGAUACGGGUAUUGUCCAUCGAGAUGUUAAACCAGCCAACUUAGUAGUGACAAAGAGAGGGCAGAUCAAGCUCAUAGAUUUUGGGGCAGCUGCAGACCUUCGGAUUGGCAAGAACUACGUACCAAACCGUGGCCUGCUUGACCCAGAUUACUGUCCUCCUGAACUUUAUGUGCUCCCAGAGGAAACACCUUAUCCUCCUCCAGAGCCCAUUGCAGCUUUUCUUUCUCCAAUUCUUUGGCAGCUAAAUAGUCCUGAUCUGUUUGAUAUGUACUCUGCUGGAAUUAUACUCUUGCAAAUGGCCAUACCUUCAUUGAGAUCCACAGCAGGUUUAAAGAACUUCAAUUCAGAAAUUAAGAAAGUUGAAUAUGAUUUGAAGAAAUGGAGGGAAGUCACUCGGUUGAGACCUGACUUGCGUCUUCUUGAUCUCGACUCUGGUAGAGGGUGGGACCUGGCCACAAAGCUUAUAUCGGAGAGGGGAUUCCUUAGACGAGGGCGAUUAUCAGCUUCUGCUGCCCUGAGCCAUCCUUAUUUCUUGUUGGGUGGUGAUCAGGCUGCCGCUGUGCUUUCAAAACUAAGCUUAUCCAAGUAAUAGUGUUGCUUGUGAUUAACACCUAUGGAAGAAGUUAAGAGUAUUCAAGCAUAAACGAGUCAACUCUGCCUACCUAUUUGAACCUGCUUAACAAGUGAUCUGAUAAAUAUAAGCAGGACAAACAUGCUUACAGGAAGUGACCAAGGUACCUAAUAUUCAGACAAUACACUAUACUUUUUUUUUUGUUGUGCUAUCUUUUUUUAUAUUUACACGAGCUUUCUAUUUUUCCCCCCUUUUCCACAAAAGGAAUAUGGCAGGUAUUUCGGGUUUCUUCAGCAAGUUCUUU